GCUGCUGAGACCACCACUGCUGCCGAGACCACCACUGCUGCCGAGACCACCACUGCUGCUGAGACCACCACAGCUGCUGGCACUACUACUGCUGACACCACUACUGCUGCCGAGACUACUACAGCUGCUGAGACUACUACGGCCGAUACUACCACUGCUGAGACUACUACAGCUGAGACCACCAGUGCUGAGACCACCACUACUGCCGAUACUACCACUGCUGAAACAUACUCUGGUACCGCAACACUCACCACCGAGACUGCUGAACCUACUGCGGACCAAUCGUGCGAUAACGGAGGCCUGGAGUAUGCCAUCUACCAGCACCAAUUCUACAACUCGGAUCCCCCCCAUUUCUCUUCCUUCAACGCUGAUUACUUCCACACUGCCGUCCCUACCUUUACAGGCACCACCUCGCGCAUCGGUAUCCAGCCUGGCACAGACUACACCCAACCCUUCACUAUCUACGAGGGUAGCCCCAGCCAGAUGUAUCAGUACAAGGCCGUCAACCACCGUGCAUUCCUCUACGCCCCCGAGACUGGUACUUACAAGGUCACCAUCCCCAACUCUGAUGAGAUCACACUCAUUUGGUUCGGCGACAAGGCCUUGUCAACGUGGACUCGCGACAACGCCGAUCUUGAGCAGGACUACCCAGGUGGCACUUCCAAGUCUUUCACCAUUGACCUCGUGGCUGGCACUUAUACCCCAUUCCGACUCCUUUGGGCUAAUGCUCAGGGAGAGCUCAACUUCAUUGCUGAGGUCAAGGCUCCUGGUGGAAACGUCAUUGUCAAUGGUGAUGGUAGCGAUAACAAGUACUUUGUUCGAUUUGCUUGUGAUGAAAGCACACCGUCAUUCCCUGCUUUUAGCGAGGGUGGUUAAGCUGCUACUCGGUUCUAGCGACACACAUAGCAAAGUAUAUAGCACUUGUUGCAUGAAGCCCAGAAUACCUUUAGGAUUACAGCUAUUUUAAUACAUAAUAUUCAACAACAUUACCAUUCUUAA